AUGGCAUCGCACAUCCCGGGGUGUCGCAUGCGAUCGGCGUGCAACCCCUGCCACUUUGCUAAGCUACGCUGCUCAGGCGGCUCGCCAUGCGCCAACUGCCAGAUGUCCAACCACCCGUGCGUCUACAGCCUGUCCAGCCGCUUGGGGCGGCCCAAGGGAGUCAAAAACAAGCGAGCGGCCAGCGACUCUGCGCGCGCGACAUCUACCCGGUCGAAUCUGCAGGAGACGACCCCCAAGCGGCCGGCGACGAAUGGCCACGAUGUUUCCACGACGGCCAGCGCGGAUCCGGAAGGGAUGGCCGAUCUCAAUCGCCUGGUCCACGCGAAUUAUCCCGUGCUGCCGGACGAGCUUGACCUUUUCACAGCCUUUGCAGCCUAUCCUAAUGAUCUCCCGUUGCCGCUGCACAGGUCGGCAAGUGGAUAUGUGACACCGUCCAACAGCAUCCACGACGACGUCGCCUCGCUCGAGGUCUCCGGCCGGUGCAUAUGCGCCCAGCAACACGCCGACCUGCUCUCUCAUCUUCGCGCGAUGCGCCAGCAGCCGGCCCCGAUCUCCGUGGACGCCCUGCUGGCGGCGGGCCAGCGCACCCUGGCCACAUGGAAGCACUUCAGCCAAUGUCUGGCAUGCAGCAGACCCGUCAAUGAAGAGACCAUGCUGCUCUCGGCCAUCAGCCUGCGUAGCAUGUUGCGCCUGCUACAGGCCUUCUCGUAUGUCGUGACUGAACACCCGGUGCCCACCAGUCUGCUGUCCCCGUCCUUAGAGGAUCCUGACGGCCCGCUGAGCAUGACCAUCGGCGGAUACCAAAUCGAAGGGGAUGAGCGACACAUGGUCGGGAACAUGUUGGCACUGCAUACGCUGAACCGCAUCGAGUUCGCCGUCUCAUGUCUCGCGGAGCGCGUCGCCAGCUGCACACGGCCGGGCACAUCGUCGGCCGAGAGGAUGCCUGCGAAGUGGACGGCGCCGGAUGACAGUGAGCUGGAGAGUGACCUACAGCCGGUACAGGUGAUUCUGCAAGGAAUGGAAACGGCGAUCAGGAAAUUGAGCCAGGCUCUACAGUGGAAACAUCGCGCUGCGACGAUGAAGAUGUACGGCGGAAUGGGAUAG